UAUAGUCCGUCAACCAUCGCUUCUUCUCUAUCGAAUUCUCUUUGGUUCCGCUGACCUCGAGUGUUAGAGUCAGUUAGAGUUUUCGUUGUAACAUCCAAUAUCGGUUAGAUACGCCUGGAGUAGAAGAGAUUGUUCUACGAUUUCUACGUGCUUCGAAAAGAGUAUUGUAUGAGUCAAAAAAUAGAAAAACCGAUAUUAUCAGGUCAACGCAUAAAGACCCGAAAAAGAGAUGAGAGAGAAAAAUAUGACCCAACUGGAUUUCGAGAUGCGGUUCUGCUUGGUUUGGAGAAAGCUGGUAACGACUUAGAAGCAAUUUCUAAAUUUUUGGACGCGGCUGGUUCUAAGUUAGACUAUCGUCGGUAUGGGGAGGCACUGUUUGAUAUCAUGAUAGCUGGAGGCCUUCUAGUUCCUGGUGGUUCCAUUGCUCAAGAUGGUGACAAACCGGUUAAAACCAGUGCAUGUGUUUUUGAGCAGCCAGAGGAUAUGGAGUCUAUGCGAAAUUUUGAACAGGUCUUUAUCAAGCUGAUGCGACGUUACAAAUAUUUGGAGAAGAUGUUUGAGGAGGAAAUGAAGAAGGUGUUGGUUUUCAUGAAAGGAUUUUCACCUAAAGAAAGAAUCAAGCUAGCCAGGAUGACAGCAUUGUGGAUUUCAAAUGGUUCAGUACCACCUACAGUUCUCUCAGUUUUGAUCAACGAGCAUCUUGUUAAGGACAAUUUGGCAUUAGACUUCCUACUGGAAGUCUUUGUUACUUGGAAACAAGAAAAAGGUUUAUCUAGUUUAAUGACGGCUCUGAAAAAAGGAGGUAUUGAAGGAAGAUUGAUGGAAUUUGUACCACCAAAUAAACGAACGGAGGAGCAUUUCCGGUCUGUAUUUGAAACGGUAGGUCUAGCGGAUAUCGUAAAGCUGCACAAAGCUCAGGCCAGUCAAGAGGCCAAACGGGAUCUGCAGCAACUUCUCUUGGAUGAAUUAGCGGAAAAUAGGCCAAUGAAGGAUAUUACAUUAGAUCUCAAAGAAAUGGCGCAGAGGAGUGGCAUUCCCGAACAUGAAGUGAUUGGAUUGAUUUGGGUUGUCGUAAUGGGCCAAGCCGAGUGGAACAAGAAAGAAGAAUUAGUUGCUGAACAAGCACUGAAGCAUCUGAAAACAUUUACUCCUCUGUUCGGUGCUUUCACAAACACUGCCAGAUCUGAGCUCGCACUCAUCCUUAAGGUUCAGGAGUUCUGUUAUGAGAACAUGAAUUUUAUGAAAGUCUUCCAGAAGAUUGUUUUACUCUUUUAUAAAACGGAAGUUGUUUCGGAAGAUGUAAUACUGAAGUGGUACAAAGAAGGACAUUCGGUGAAAGGAAAAAUGCUCUUUCUAGACCAAAUGAAAAAAUUCGUAGAGUGGCUACAAAAUGCUGAAGAGGAAUCCGAAUCAGGAGAAGAAGAGGAUUAGGGACAUUCGAGAGAUCGCAUCAUUGCCAGUGACAAGAAAUGGUAAAAGGUAAAUGUUCCAGUGAUCGGACAUUUAAGAGCUAAUCCUUAUAGAAAACAUGAUUUUUUUUAUCAAAAUGUUUUUUCGUAUCUUUUUAUAUAGAAAAGAUUACACUUUAAAUAAAAGAAAUAAAACAAAAUAAACGGUUAUUAAUUUGUAAUUUAUUAAAUAUUUGCAAACGUGUUUGUACAUAUAUAUACCAAUGUCUGGAGUUUAGGUGUCCCAAAAUCCGAACACAACUUGUCUCGAUAUCCGACCGCAAUGUCACGAUCAGUUUACUGACAUGUAUUUAGAAAAUAUACUGAUAAAAUGAAUAAAUUUACUUCUAUUAAA